GCUGUUAUUGUCCUCUCAGUGGAUUAUUUCGGCCUUUUCUCAGUCCUUGUCGUGAUUUUCCUGUUUGCAGAGGUCAUCAUACAGCUGAUUUGAGGUCUUCUUAUUCUGGGAACAACAGCUGGGGCACAUCUGACGAAGACGGCAGUAGAACGUCAAAAUAUGUCAGUGAGUGAACUUAAAAGAAUUAAGAGGGAUUUGGUUAGUAGGUUGUCAUCAGAAAACAUCACCCAAUUGGUUGAAGCUCUUGUGGGAGAUGGUGUCCUGAAUGAGUUGGAGAAAGAGUCCAUACUUGAGAAGAGCUCAGUCAGAGCCAAUAAAGCAAGAGAUUUAUUCAACACUGUGAUUGAAAAAGGGGAUCAAGCCUGCACAAAGACAAUCCAUCACCUCACAGAGCUUGAUCCAUACUUGUGUUCUGACCUGUGUUUAUGUUCUGCUUCAUCCUGCACAGAAGGGGCUGUGGAGAAGUGCCGACUUGAACUUAAACCCUCCUUGAAGAAGAGGUACGAGUCUGUGUUUGAGGGGAUUGCUAAAGCAGGAAGUCCAGCUCUUCUGACCCAGAUCUACACAGAGCUCUACAUAACAGAUGGAGGGACUGGAGAGGUGAUUGAUGAACAUGAGGUCAGACAGAUUGAAACAGCAUGCAGGACACUUCAUAGGCCAGAAACAACAAUCAGACAAGAAGACUUCUUUAAAAUCCCACCUGGAAAAGAUGAGCCAAUCCGAACAGUGAUGACAAAAGGAGUGGCUGGCAUCGGGAAAACGGUUUUAACACAGAAGUUCACUCUGGACUGGGCAGAAGACAAAACCCACCAGGACAUCCAGUUCAUAUUUCCAUUCACUUUCAGAGAGCUGAAUGUGCUGAAAGAGAAAAAGUUCAGCUUGGUGCAACUUGUUCAUCACUUCUUUACUGAAACCAAAGAAAUCUUCAGCUUUGAAAACUUCCAGGUUCUGUUCAUCUUUGAUGGCCUGGAUGAGAGUCGACUUCCUCUGGACUUCCACAAUGAGGAGAUCCUGACUGAUGUCACAGAGUCCACCUCAGUGGAUGUUCUGCUGACGAACCUCAUCAGAGGGAAACUGCUUCCCUCUGCUCUCCUCUGGAUAACCACACGACCUGCAGCAGCCAAUCAGAUCCCUCCUCAGUAUGUUGGCAUGGUGACAGAGGUCAGAGGCUUCACUGACCCACAGAAGGAGGAAUACUUAAAGAAGAGAUUCAGAGAUGAGGCGCAGGCCUGCAAGAUCAUCUCCCACAUGAAGACGUCACGAAGCCUCCACAUCAUGUGCCACAUCCCAGUCUUCUGCUGGAUCACUGCUACCGUUCUGGAGGACGUGUUGAAGACCAGAGAGGGAGGAGAGCUGCCCAGCACCCUGACUGAGAUGUAUAUCCACUUUCUGGUGGUUCAGACCAAACUGAAGAAGGUCAAGUAUGAUGGAGGAGCUGAAACAGAUCCACACUGGAGUCCAGAGAGCAGGAACAUAAUUGAGUCUCUUGCAAAACUGGCUUUUCAUCAGUUGCAGAAAGGAAACCUGAUCUUCUACGAAUCAGACCUGACAGAGUGUGGCAUCGAUAUCAGAGCAGCCUCGGUUUAUUCAGGAGUGUUCACACAGAUCUUUAAAGAGGAGAGAGGUCUGUACCAGAAUAAAGUGUUCUGCUUCAUCCAUCUGAGCGUUCAGGAGUUUCUGGCUGCUCUCUAUGUCCAUUUCACCUUCAUUAACUCAAGAUGUAACGUAAUGGAAGACCAACCAUCCAGAUUUAGAAAUUUAGUUAAUUACAUGACUGGUAAGUUUAAUCUAACAAGGCUCCAUCAGAGUGCUGUAGACCAGGCCUUAAAGAGUCAAAAUGGACACCUUGACCUUUUUCUCCGCUUCCUCCUGGGUCUUUCACUGGAGACCAAUCAAACUCUCUUACAAGGUCUCCUUCCUAAGACGGGAAGUAUCUCACAGACCAAUCAGGAGACAGUUCAGUACAUCAAGAAGAAGAUCAGUGAGAAUGUGUGUGCAGAGAAAAGCAUCAACCUGUUCCACUGUCUGAAUGAACUGAGUGAUCGUUCUCUAGUGGAGGAGAUCCAACAGUCUUUGAGUUCAGGAAGUUUGUCCACAGAUGAACUGUCUCCAGCUCAGUGGUCAGCUCUGGGUUUCAUCUUAUUGUCAUCAGGAGAAGAUCUGGAGGUUUUUGACCUAAAAAAAUACAAUGCUUCAGAGGAGGCUCUUCUCAGACUGAUACCAGUGAUCAAAGCUUCAAAGAAAGUUCAAUUGAAGGACUGUAACCUCUCAGAGAGAAGCUGUGCAGCUCUGGCCUCAGUUCUCAGCUCUCUGUCCUCUAACCUGACAGAAGUGGACCUGAGUAACAACAACCUACAGGAUUCAGGAGUGGAGCUGUUGUCUUCUGGAUUGAAAAGUCCACACUGCAAACUGGAAACUCUCAGACUUGGAUCCUGUAAACUCUCAGAGAGAACUUGUGAAGUUCUGUCAUCCAUUCUGAGCUCCCAGUCGUGCUGUCUGAGAGAGGUUGACCUGCAGAACAACAACCUGCAAGAUUCUAGGCUGGACUUGUUGUCUGGUUCAAACGGUACGCUGGAGAUAUUCAGGAAGCCUGCUGGAGUCCGAUGGUUGAAACCAGGUCUGAGGAUGUAUUCAUGUCAACUCGCCAUCGACACAAACACAGUGCACAGAGAGCUCACACUGUCUGAAGACAACAGGAAGGUGACAUGUGAAGAGGAUUCUCAGUCAUAUCCUGAUCAUCCAGACAGAUUUGAUGACUGGUCUCAGCUGCUGUGUAGUAACAGCCUGACUGCUUGCCAUUACUGGGAGAUUGAGUGGAGAGGAGCAGUUUUUAUAUCAGUGAGUUACAGAAGAAUCAAGAGGAAAGGAAUUCAAGAUGGCACUGUGUUUGGAUGGAAUGAUUUGUCCUGGAGUUUGAGAUGCUCUGAUGUUGGUUACUCUGUCUGGCACAAAUUCACAGAAACAGUUGUCUCCUCCUCUGUUGUCUCUAACAGGGUGGCGGUAUAUGUGGACUGUCCUGCUGGUAUUCUGUCAUUCUACAGAGUCUCCUCUAACUCACUGAUCCACCUUCACACCUUCCACAACACAUUCACAGAACCUCUUUAUCCAGGAUUCUGGUUCAGUUCUGGUUCCUCAGUGUUUCUGUGUUGAAUCUAAAGAGUCUCCUUCUGUCAGAGAAACUCUCUUACUGUUGAACGGAUAGUUCAGUCUCUACAUGCGUCUCCUUCACUCCAACAUUUUCUCAUUUAGUCAAGCCUACACUUUGCUUUGUUCAGAGGGCCUGGACUCUCAUGCUAGCAUUCUGUGUUUGGGCGCCAUCAUUGCUGAUGCCACAGAAGCUACUUAAGCUCAGAUUCUGCAAACAUCCACUGGGACACAUACCACCUAAUGAAGACAGCUUCAGACCUCCACAUAAUUUCUCUCAGGAAAUCUGAGAACUGACUGUUCAUAGGUUACCUGAAGACAAGUCCACAAAGGUCGGGAGUAGGUCAGCUAUGGUCGCUGGCAAUUUAAACAUUUUUAACCUUCUGCCCCAGUCUGUUAAUGAGUUAAACUGAUACUAACCAGAAGAGGCUUACAUCACCCAAAUUCAGCCAAAUUUCUCUUAAAAGCAGUAAAUCCAGGUGUCCUGAGGUAAAAAAGACAUUUGGCAUAAAGGUCUUGUUGGUAAGGUCUUGUUACCAGAGCCAACUUUAUUGAUGCAUGGCCAAUAAAGUUUGCCUGUGACAUGUUAGCGCACCAAUUUGAUGCUUUGAUGCAUCAAACAGGCGUUUUGUGACUCUUCCUUAUGUCCACUCCACUUCUGUAAAGAUGAGGUGAGAAACAUAUGGAUAUUCUUGUGAAUCAGUUUAUUUUAUAAAUAAACCCAGUGUAAUAAAUAA